GAAAUCCUAAUAUUCUAUAUAUGGAAAACAUCAAAAACCCUAAAAACGCAGAUGAUUGUUCCGAUAGCAUAUCAAAAGACAGUCAUCAAGGCGUUGAUGAUUCCCUGAACCAGUCAAGAUCUUAUGUAUGCAGUUUCUGCAUAAGGGGCUUCUCGAAUGCUCAAGCACUAGGAGGGCAUAUGAACAUCCACAGAAGAGACAGAGCUAAACUCAGACAAAAGCUUAUGGAAGAUAAUAAGGAUGAUGUUGUUGCUGAGAGUGAUUCAUCAGAAGUUGUCUCUCUAGACCUUAAUGAACAACAACAACAAGAAGAAGCUUUGACAUGUGAUGAUCACGAUGAUCAAGAUCAACAUGUUGAGAAAGAUUUAAGUCCUAAACAGAAAUUAGAGUUUUGGGUUCAAGAAAGCAAGCUUGAUACUAAUGAUCAUGGAAAGGGCACGGAGGUUAGCAUAGAUGGUUCGAGUUCGAGACAUCAUCGUGAGAUUGAGGGAUUGGAUCUGGAGCUUCGGUUAGGCCAAAGCGUGGUGGAGAAGAAGACAACAUAAUAUCUGAACGAUGAAUCAUAUAUUGAUUGCAUUGUAUCAUAAGGGAAAACCCUUGAAACAUCAAACUCUCGAAUCCGUCUAUUACAAAUAGAUUCGUGGCUUAAAU